UAGGAGAUUGUGAGUGAACAUGAUCGGAAUUGUCAGAGAGGCUAUGUCCACGACCAUAUUUAUAUUACAUAUAAUGUAUUCAUUUUUAUCAGAUCAACAGUGACAAGUCCAUAUGUAAUUCGCGUACCAGUGAUUUUGUUUUAAUUUAGGCCACUCAUGUUCAAUUCUUCGCAAAGAAGGUCAUGAAUGAAUGCUGUCAAUAUAAUCAUAGUCGCUAGUCGUCUUGAAAAAAUCUCAAGAUGCCGAAAGUUCACGGCAGGCAGGAUGCUUAACUUCCGCCGGGAUGGGGAAAAAUAUUUGCAAAGUUUCGCUGAGGUGAUACCGCUGCCAAUGUUGGGUUUGUGUGUUGUUUAAAAAAAAAAAGGAAUCUUCGGCUAAUGGUGGAAGACUGGGUGAUAAAAACCAUGUAUGCCACUAAACGAAGAAGAAGGACUGUUAAAAGUGUUAAAACACCAGUGAAGGACCAUCCCCCUAAGAGUAACCCCAGUAAACGCCACAGAGAAAGACUCAACGGGGAACUCGACCAUCUCGCCAGUUUACUGCCGUUUGAACAAAGUGUUAUAUCUAAACUUGACAAACUUUCUAUUCUUCGACUUGCUGUAAGCUAUCUCAGGACCAAGAGCUACUUCCAAGCUGUGCUUCCAGACCGUUAUAACCUUGACACUCAUCAUCUGAUAGGGCGGUCACACCUCUUCCCCGACCCCGGCUUCUCCGAGGGAGACAGCAUCUUACAGGUGGCCAUAUACAUGUUUCAGGCCCUGUAUGGCUUCCUGUUUGUCGUAACAUGUGAUGGCGAGGUCUUCUUCGCCUCCAGAACGGUGGAACAAUACCUCGGCUUCCAUCAGUCGGACAUCAUCCAUCAGAGUGUUAUGGAGCUUAUUCACUCCGAGGACCGCGAUGAGUUCAAGAGACAACUAACAUGGAACUCCGCCCUACCCUCAGACAAGUCUACUCUGACUCUCCAUGAAGCCAUGAUGCCAGAAAACUACCACCACAUGCAUCGGUCAUUUACCGUCAGGUUUAGGUGUUUACUGGACAACACAUCAGGUUUCAUAACAUUGGAGAUCAACGGUUGGAUUCGUGUGCUGCACGGACAGAAUGUGAGGACGGAGGAGCCCCAGCUGGCUCUCUUCGCUACAUGCUGUCCCUUUGGUCCUCUUUCCCUCCUCGAUCUGCCCUCCCGGGAACUUACCUUCAAGUCGAAACACAAGAUGGAUUUCUCGCCCAUGUCCAUGGACAACAGAGGAAAGAUGAUGUUUAGCUUCUCGGACAGAGAACUGGCCACAAAGUCUGGUUACGACUUGAUCCACCCAGAUGACCUCUCCUACUUCGCCGCAGCUCAUCAAGAGCUGAUAAAGACUGGAAGCUCAGGUCUGAUCGCCUACCGUUGGCUAACUAAAGACUUCCGCUGGCUCUGGCUUCAAUCGAGCUGCAAGGUCAUCUACAAAAACAGCAAGCCUGACUUUAUCAUCUGUACCCACCGUCAACUCACUGACGAUGAGGGACAGGAUCUCUUCCAUAAACGUGGCAAUGAAUUCAAGCUUCCGUAUCCUCUUCUUGAUUUAGACAUAUGCUCAGGAUUUGACUUUCCAAGUGACGACAUGUUAAAGGUAAAAAAUGGAAAGAAAAAUAAACAGAAGAAUCAGGUUCGUGAAUAUGUACAGGCACCUGGUAGGAAACGAAAGAUGUGUCGAGAAAAUGGACUCACAAGUUACCCCCAGUAUAAUGGCUACGAAGGAAGCGAUUACAAGCCAGAAUUACUCUACUCAUAUCCAACAAAUAACUUUGGCCUCGAGUCAGACCUGUAUAGGUCACAUGGGUACUCGGGGUUCCCCGGGGCCGUGUACCCAAGCACAGACAGUUACCGCCUCGACACAGACAAACAUGGCUACACCAAUGGUUUCUACCUGGAGCCGCAUCACCGGCAGUACCAGCACACGCUCAGUUACCAUGGUAACAGCUACCCUGAUCUAAUGGGCACCUCAACAAAAUAUAGUUACGAUAUGUCGAAAUAUGGAUUUGAAAGUUAUGCCAAAAAAGUGCAUUAUGGUGAGGAACUAUCCCGUCUAGACAACGAUUUUAGGAAAUACACAUAUGACUAUGGAAACGAACGGCUCCCUAAUCUGUUAAACGGUUCCCUGGAACCUGUGGAUUUGCGAGCCUCCUCCAUGUACAACGGUACCUCACUUGUGAACGGAGAAAGCAUGGUCGGUCACUCCCCCUGUUUGACCUCUUCGCUGUUCAAACCCGACCUCCACGGUCAGAACAUGUUAUCUAAAGAAACCAAGGUGAUAUGUUCUCCCUCAGACGUCCUACAGGGCAGUCAGGGACUCAACCCUUCAAUGCCUCUGCAUCAUAGUUCUGUAAUAAAAAAUGCAGCUAGUCCUCGAACUCUUCAUUCUUCUCGUUGUAGUAGUUCCGAGCAAAUGGGAAGCCCACCUGUGAAUAACUAUAAUAAUAUGUCUGUGCCCAGGGUGUCAGGCACGUGGGCACAGUGUUCUAAAACGAGCCCCAAUUCCACCCCACGAUCGGACAAUAGUGGUAGUCCCAAACAGAACGGUAUGGGUGGUGGAGGGGCAUCGAGCAGUCCAAUAUCAGGGGCGACCCCGGCGUCUGUGAUACAGACUCACAUUGCAAACAAGACUCAGAACAGAGCCUGUGAUAAACAGCCCUUAGUGGGAGGUAUUCCUGUCCCCGUUGUGAAAUCAGCGUGGCUACAUCAGUUUCCAGCAUCGCACAAUUCUUACGGAGAUAGCAAGGACUGGGCUAUGAGCCACAAUGACAUGUACUCCUGCCACCAGAAGUCCCAACGUGGCAUCAUCGCGGAGAACAUGUCGCACGUGCCCAAAGUGACGAUUCAGUGACAGCAACGGUUGCUCGUGUCAAUACAUGAUAUUGUGAUAUUUUUGUCUGUGACUCUGUAUGUCAGACACCGUAUAAGCAAACUCACCAGAAUGUCAACUCAUCCAUCAACUUGAAAAAAAUAAUGGAUGCCCGCACUUCAUGGCAGGAAUUUCUUGUAUAGAAAAUCUAGGAUGUUAGAUGAAGUCAUUUUACGAUUAUCUUUGAGAACAUUUCUCCUCUCUCUCUCUCUCCUUUAAAUGAUUUCUAGACAGAUCAAGGUCGAUACGAUUUGUACAUAUUUCAAUAGCAGAACAAAAGAACUUGCAGACAUUAGUUUUACACCUAUCUUUUUUGAUAAAUUUUUAAAGUUGUGUAACUGCUAUGGGAGAGUUGGUAUACAUUACGGAAGCUCUAGCUAGUCUGAAGUAUUGUAUUUCCUGUUGCCAGAUUAUUGGAUUUUUUUGUGUCUUUAUAAAUGAUGAUGAUGACACUGAUGUGGACAUUGUAUACUUGUUUGUGUGUCGAGUGUGAGAAGCGAGUGUCAUACGUUGUUGUAGUAAUCUCACACGUUUGGCACGUGGUCAAUAUUGGAUGAAUCAUCCUGAUUAAUUAACGUAAAAGCCAAUUUUUUUUCUCUGUAUAUAUAUGUGAAAGAAGAUGCAGUCGGUUUAUAAAAAAAAAUUCAAGGUAUUCAGAAGUAGCAUGUAUGAUUGAAAUAUUAUCUCGGGCAUUUGUUAAAAGCUUGAUGGUGGAACUUCGUUUGUCUUGCAAUUGAUCAAUUAGAGAAUUAUUUCAUGAGAUCUGUGAAAUUCCUGAACUAAGUACAGUUUCUUGAAAAAAA